GGAUAUUUAAUCCCCUAUUGUUCAAAUACAUGUUGAAGGUUUGCAAUAAGCAAUUGCUGCGGAGCACAGUGUCGGAGUUUGAGACAGUUCUCUCAUAAUUAUCUCACAGUUAUCUCCUACAAGUUCCUCUCUCACACUUCUCUCACACUUCUCUCAUACUGCUCUCGCCCUUCUCUCACACUUCUCUCACAGCUCAACUUCCUCCAACAAAAGUUAACCUACAAUUUAUCGCAUCAUGGCAAGUUUUCCACAGUUCGCUCUUCUCCCAACCGAGUUGCGGCUUCAUAUAUGGUAUUUCGCACUAGAGGGACAACAAGGUCACAUUGUCCCAGUGGAGAGUUUGCGAUAUGGGCGUCCCAGAAAAUUCAAACCGCAUGCUUUAUACUUCGUGAAUCGUGAUUCCCGGAGAACGUAUCUCGGAUAUCACAAGAGCAAUUUGGCCCGCUACCCAAGACUAGGAAUUGUGGUCUUCGACCCGAGGAUAGACAUCGUUUUGGUAGAAGUAAGCUGGGUGAAAUGGAUCAAAAAUGCUUUGACCCAGAUCGGAGACAGACCAGAGGGUAGAGUUAUGAAAGAUGUCCGCAAUAUCGCUAUCGCCGCAAUAUACGAAGACAGCCUUAGUCACGGGGGGUUGCAAACGCUUCCUAACUCAAUCGGAAAUACUAUAGCACGAGUGUUACCAUCCCUUGAAAACUUCAUCUAUGACUUCGGAUACGAUUCGCGAAACCCCCAUUUUGGAAGACUAUGUAAAGCGAGUCAAGAGAUUGGUUAUGAACAAGGUUCACACACGUAUAUGCAGAGACAGGAUGGUAGACGAGAAGAGCUUCUGAUUCAGCCGACUCGGGAGCUUUUGGAGGAGUAUAAGCGCAGCGAGAACCCCAAGUGGAGCAUCCCAAGGGUAUUGUCAACGCACGAUAUUUAUCGAGAAAGAAUCGAUGUGCGGAGACUCUUGGCAGAAGGGUAAUGGUGCAAGUCUUCAGAUUGGUUGGAUUGUAGAAUAAAAGUCUACUGACCUAUAAAGAGUAAAAAAUAAGAAUUUUGUUACGAUAUUGGGGGCUUCCUCUUGGCUAUCGGAUAGGACAACACGGGAAUCUGGCAGAGAAUGAAUAGUAUGGCCAGUGAGAAGCCUCAUAAUCGGGGCGAAUUUGGAUGAGUUUCUAAGAAGGUAGCAGGGCAAAUUCUGGCUAUCAUUUUGAAGAUGUAAUCAACGGAGAUUGGGUAAUGAAUCUAAUGAUAUCCACUUGAGACACAAAUAUAAUAUUUAUCAAAAGAUACUGUGCAUUCGUGUUGAAUAUGUUCAAGCAAAGGGACACAAAGAAGGCACUACCAUCUGAUAUAUGAAGGAAAUGACGAAUAAUAAAAAAUGUGAAUGA